GAAAAAAUGGCAGCUGUUGACAUCGACGUGCCGGUGGACACAGAAGAUCAAAUCCGCAAUCUGGACGACAUGGAUCGUGAGGCUGAAGGCUUCAAAGAGCAAGGAAAUGCAUUCUACAGCCAGAAAGAUUACUCUGAGGCUUUCAACUUUUACACUAAGGCCAUAGAUGUAAGCCCCAAGAAUGCCAGUUAUUAUGGCAACAGGGCAGCCACCCUCAUGAUGCUCUUUCGCUUUCGAGAGGCCCUGGAAGAUUCCCAGCAGGCUGUGCGGCUGGAUGAAUGUUUCAUGAAGGGUCAUCUACGUGAGGGAAAAUGCCACUUGACGUUGGGAAAUGCCAUGGCGGCUAAUCGCUGCUUUCAGAAGGUUUUGGAGCUGGAGCCCAGCAACAGAGAGGCCCAGCAAGAGAAUAAGACUGCAGCGACUCUCCUGGAGUACGAGAGAAUGGCGGGCAUUGGCUUUGAAAAGCGGGAUUUCAGAACGGUGGUGUACUGCAUGGACCGGGCCUUAGCUGUGGCUGCUGCCUGCCACCGCUUCAAAAUCAUCAAGGCUGAGUGUCUGGCCCUGCUGGGCCGCUAUCCAGAAGCCCAAUCCGUAGCAAGCGAUAUCUUGCGAAUGGAUGCCACAAACGCAGACGCACUCUACGUCCGAGGCCUGUGUCUCUACUACGAGGACUGCAUCGAUAAAGCUGUUCAGUUCUUCGUCCAGGCCCUGCGUAUGGCACCUGACCACGAAAAGGCCCGGUUAGCCUGCAGGAAUGCCAAAGCCUUAAAAGCCAAGAAAGACGAGGGCAACCAGGCAUUUAAGAACUGCAGCUAUGACAGAGCCUACCAGCUAUAUACUGAAGCCCUGACGAUAGAUCCCAACAACAUCAAGACCAACGCUAAACUCUACUGCAACAGAGCCACCGCAGGAGCAAAGCUGAAGAAACUGAAUGAAGCCAUUGACGACUGCACCAGUGCAAUAAAACUAGAUGACACUUACAUCAAGGCCUACUUAAGAAGAGCUCAGUGUUACAUGAACACCGAGCAGUAUGAGGAAGCUGUGCGGGACUAUGAAAAAGUUUACCAGACGGAAAAAACAACAGAUCACAAGCAUAUGUUGAAGACUGCACAGCUGGAGCUGAAGAAGAGCAAGAGGAAAGAUUUCUACAAAGUGCUGGGGAUCGGCAAGACCGCCACCGAGGACGAGAUCAAAAAAGCCUACCGCAAGCGGGCCCUCAUGCAUCACCCAGACCGUCAUAGUGCAGCAACUCCUGAGGUACAGAAGGAGGAGGAGAAGAAAUUCAAGGAGGUCGGCGAGGCCUUCACUGUGCUCUCCGACCCGAAGAAAAAGAUGCGCUACGACAGUGGGCAUGACCUGGAUGAAGAAAGCUCCUUCGAUGGCGGAGAUUUUGAUGCAAACAACAUCUUCAGGGCUUUCUUUGGCGGCCAUGGUGGUGGAGGAGGAGGAGGCGGCCAUGGUGGUGGAGGAGGAGGAGGAGGCCAUGGUGUUGGAGGAGGAGGUGGGGGAUUUAGUUUUGAUUCCAGUCCAGAUUCUGGACCUGGAAAUUUCUUUUUCCAAUUUGGCUAAAGUGAAGGUGCAUGCGGGAAAAUGCAGCACUGCAGUGGAAAGUUGGACCCACACUCACCUCCUGAUGCUCAUACUCCCGAGUGUCUCGCAAAACCUACCCAAUAUUCUUUUCAAAGAGGUUUUUGAUUACUGCAUUCACAUCUAAAUUUACUCAAAAAAACGGUGGGAAGAAAAAUUAAGAGACUUUAGUUAAGAAUUAACAAUGUAAAUAAAGAAGUGCUUCAGAAGUCUUUUUUUAAGAGGUUUGGAUCAGCUGAUCAGCAUGUCCCUGUUGCCAAAAUCAAAAUGAUAUUGGAGGAAAAAUCUUAUAAAACUGACUCAACCUUCAUAAAGGUGAACAGUAGUAAGAAAUACAAUGGAAGUUUAAACAUCAUGGUUGAUUAGUAGAUUAGAAGACAUAACAUGGCAUACGUUUUAUGGUUCUCCUGGGACAGCAUGUCUCUGUAGAGCAUGAGUCAAUGUACUGUGGAAGUUCAAUGUAAAAACUGACCUCAGGACAGCCUGUUUAGGACAAUGCUGGUCUCUUGCGAGUGUGUUCAGGUUUUAUUGGCUCAUUUGCCAAAUAUAGAAUCGAUGUGCAGGGUUUUCGUUUCUUCUCCAUGCUGCAUUGUAUAUUUGACUCGAAUGUAAAGUGUUUUGUGUCCAUAAAUUGUUUUCUCCUUCAGUCUUCCCUCGGUCUUUAUAUUUAUUGUACUGUAUAUUCUAACCUGUUUACAGCAGAAUGCCAGUUCAUUGUCUUCCUCCUUUUUUCAGACACAUUUUUUAUGUUUUCCACAUCAUCCUCCUUUUUUUUUUCUCAGAUUGAUGUACUUUCUUUCUGAAACGGUCCCAAAUCAGCAACACCUGCAGAUUUCCUCUUUAAAGCACCGACCACACAGCUGUCCCACCGUCCCGAUCAAGUGGUGUCUUACCAGAAUGAAUCAACCUAAAUCAAAAGCCGCAGAGCUUGUCCUAUUUGCAAAAGGCAACAGCUACACUUAUAAUGUAUGUUUUUGUUUUUAUGCACUUACACUGGACUUAUUCCAUAUCUGCCCAGUGACUAAAUGAAAUUUGCACGUCAAUUCUUUAUCCCAUCAAACACAAAAGACUUCGUCAUCAAUCGCACCGAGCUGUCGCCCAGCCAUACUCAUCAUGCUCGUUCUGUCAGUCCAGCCCUUCCCCUACUUGUUCCACCUGUUUCAAAGGGGCGCUUAUAGUAGGUUAGAAGCUUCUUUUCAUUGUUCUCUCACUGAUCUAUGUAUCAUUUUAAAAAGGUGUCACGGUAUUAACGAUAUGCUUUUCUUAUUGCGAAAAAUAAAGGCUCGUCUUUUACUGUAA